CUGAAGGACGUGGAGUCCAUCAUUAGGAUCGUGGAGCUGAACGGAGAGGACUUGGUGAAGGACUACUCCGACGAAAUUGAGCGAAUGUUGGGCAGCAAGAUGAAAUCUGUGAAGAGGUUGGCAGAAUCUGCCGAAGACGCUGAUCUGUACCAUGAAUACAACGUUUCGCUAGAGUUCGAUUACUACAACUCCAUGAUGAUCAACACGGUGGAUGAAGACGGGAACUACGUGGAACUGGGUGGAGAGUUUCUCCUGGAGGAGAACGAACAUUUCAACAACAUGCCGGUGAACAUGCAGCUGAGCAACAUCCAGGUUCCGACCAACGUCUACAACAAAGAUCCGAACAUCCUCAACGCCAUCUACAACUCCGAGUCGUUAAACGACGUCUACAUCAGUAACUUCCAGAAGGAUCCCACCCUCACCUGGCAGUAUUUUGGAAGCUCCUUUGGGUUCUUCAGGCUGUACCCUGGUAUAAAAUGGACUCCAGACUCAAAUGGUGUGGCCGCCUUCGACUGCAGGAACAGAAACUGGUACAUCCAAGCAGCCACUUCUCCAAAGGACAUCAUCAUCAUGGUGGACAUAAGCGGCAGCAUGAAGGGGCUAAAGAUGACCAUUGCCAAGCACACCAUCAACACCAUCCUGGACACGCUGGGAGAAAACGACUUUGUCAACGUCAUUGCUUACACCGACUACGUUCGCUAUGUGGAGCCAUGCUUCCGGGGAACUCUGGUCCAGGCGGACUUGGACAACAGAGAGCACUUCAAGCUGUUGGUGGAUGAGCUCCAUGUUAAAGGAGAAGCGAAAAUCAAAAAUGCCAUGAAAGAGGCCUUCAAGAUCUUAAAUGAGGCGAGGGUGAAUGGUCAGGGCAGCAUGUGUAACCAGGCCAUCAUGCUGAUCACAGAUGGAGCCAUGGAGGACUUUGAGUCUGUUUUUGAGGAGUUCAACUGGCCUGAGCGAAGGGUGCGAGUCUUUACCUACCUGAUUGGCCGAGAGAUGACUUUUGCCCAGAACACCAAGUGGAUAGCCUGUAACAACAAAGGUUAUUACACACAUAUUUCAACACUGGCUGAUGUUCAGGAGAACGUCAUGGAGUAUUUGCACGUCCUCAGCCGGCCGAUGGUCAUCAACCAUGACCACGACAUCAUCUGGACCGAAGCCUACAUGGACACUGUGCUCUUCACCACCAAGGCUCAGAGUCUCCUGCUGAUGACGUCCGUGGCCAUGCCCGUCUUCAGCAAGAAGAAGGAGACGCUUUCUCAUGGAAUCCUGCUGGGUGUGGUGGGGACGGACAUUCCCCUCAUGGAGGUGAUGAAGCUGGCCCCCAGAUACAUGCUGGGAGCACACGGGUACGCGUUCCUCCUCAACAACAACGGUUACAUCCUGGCUCAUCCUGACCUCCGACCUCUGUAUAAGGACGGGAAAAAACUGAAGCCGAAGCCCAACUACAACAGCGUGGAUCUGUCUGAGGUGGAGUGGGAAGACACAGACGAGAUGCUGAGGACGGCCAUGGUGAAAGGAGAGACGGGCAGCAUGACACUGAGCAUCAGAGCAUCUGUCGAUAAAGGGUUUCGGCAUGGUGCUGACCAGAGGCCACGGGAGCCUGAUGUUUUUGGGAAAUGUAUCCGUGGAAGAAGGACUUACUGUGAACUGGACAUUGAUCCCGAUCAUCGAAAAUACACGCAGCUUCAAGCCGUCGUCGGCUACUUACAAGGGAAGGAGCCCGACCUCGAGUGUGAUGAGGUGUUGCUACAGCAGAUACUGUUUGACGCCGUGGUAACGGCUCCAGUCGAGGCCUACUGGAACGCCCUGAUGCUUAACGAUGGGGUGGAGUCCGGGGUGGAAACGGCGUUCCUCGGCACUCGUUCUGGACUGAUGCGGAUAAUGAGAUACGCGGGAACAGAGACCAGGGUGGCAAAGAAGUUCCUGACUCCGUCCGAUAAGGAUAACCUCUUCACCAUCGAUCACUUCCCCCUCUGGUACCGCUUGGCUGUGGAAAACACUCCAGGGAGAUUUUUCUACUACCCCGUAAACGACAAAGGUAUGUCGAGCUGUUAG